AUGAGUUUUAUUCCGUCAAAUCAAUGUCGAUUGGAAAUACUUCCCAAUGAACUUCUUAUUGAAAUCUUUCAACACUUGAAUUGUCGAACUCUUCGUGAAUUUCAACGACUUAACCAACGUUUCAAGUCGAUCAUUAGCUGUCUCAAUGUGUGUUUUGUUCUUCAAGAUGAAAGCGAUGAUUUCAACACAUUCAAUCCGACACAAAUCGUUCGUGUAGAAAUGAACUUCUGUUGUCAAUCUUUAAACUUGCAGCAUUUGUCGAAUAUUCGUUCGCUGUCGCUUGAUUAUACUUAUAUGACAAAAGAACAAAUCAUUCAAAUAACUCAACUCAAUCUGUUUCAUCUCGAACGGCUUUCAGUUGGAAAUAUCAUGUCGAAUCUUGGCGAAAGAUUACUUCAUACGAGUGCUCAAGGUGAACAUUUUCCAUCUUUGAGAAUCCUCCAACUUGGACUAAAUACAUCUGAUCAAUUACAACUCUUUCCGAAAAGAACAACACCAAAUAAUCGUGUUCGGUGUCUCAUUAUUAAUCGAUGGAAAUGGUCGAGACUAGAUUUUCUCUUUGAAUUCUUUCCACAUCUAUCUUGGUUGGAAAUAAAUCUUGAUGACAAACCCAUUUCAACGAACGAUUUGACUCAAUCGAAUCAUUCAUUAACAUACUUCAAAGUUACUCUUGAGCAUUGCGAUCCUUACCAUUCUGAUCGAAUAUUUCAUCUAAUGCCCAAUCUAAUUCGACUUCGUAUUCGUGGAAAUAUAGGAACCAAUCUUGCUCUUGUUUACUUUGUGAAACUAGCCAGAGAUGUUUCAUCUUAUACACCGAGUCUUCAAUAUUUCGAUUGUGAAAUCUACUGUUACACAGAUGAAAAUGAGAAUACUGGCGAAGUAAUACGAAAAUAUUAUCACCUAUUCAAGCAAAUUCGAUGCCUCCGUGGAGUGUAUCAAAAUCGGUGUUUUGCAACAGAUGUUCAAACUUAUCCAGACGGAAAUCAAUAUGAAGUUAUUCCAAAACCAGUUAUUAAACGACAAUCAUUGAAAAAACACGGUAUUUAUUACAGCGACAGCGACGACGACGACGAUUAUAUGUUUUUCUUAAAGUAUAAGAACUACAUUACAAGACUCCUCUCGCGGUCAGCAUUCAUCGAAACAUGUUCACAUCAAUAUUUCAGUUUUGUGUAA